GAGUAGCAAGGUUGUGUUCGCCUACAGUCGGUGUGAGAGAUAGCAUUUGGUAUCUUCUUUCCCUUUUGCACUGCCAACAAGAAUACAGACCGGAUUAAUUAUUCAUUUAUCACCUACCGAGAGCAGCCAUCUGAAAGAAAACCUCAAAAACGGAGGAGAGACAGAAAUUACAGCUGGAACAGAAAAACAUCAUUCUUUUUGCACGCCUUCUCCUUUAAGAGGACUGCCUUAGUGCUGAUGCUGGUCUUUAACAAGCAAUUGCCGAUUGGCCGUUCCCAGAGUUGGGACGUUCUGGGCGGGAAUGAAAGUCAUUGGGAACACAGCGAGAAUAUGUAUGACCAGCAGACCAGGACAACUGACCGACGGAACUCCUUUGGAGGAGAUGCUGGAGGUUGGUAUGAACCACUCGCUGGUGUACGCUCAUCUGAAAUGGAUAUGAAACGGGAGCCAUACCACUAUCAGGGAUCGCUUUAUAAUCCAAAUUAUCUGGAUCGAUCAGAUCCCCGCAGCAUGAGAAAGAGUUCUGUUCCUGAGCUGAACAGUCAUUAUGACCGUUCACCUAUGGCCGGUCGUGGUUCUUUAACUCCUCUGGAUCCUUACCACCAAGAUUCUGCAGUGUUAUCGAGGCCAACUGAUGGUUUUUAUCAAGGAGAACAAAUGCCCCUUAAUCGGUCAGCUUCUCAUUAUGUUAUGAUAGGAGGAUCUCAACCACUUUGGAACCAGAACCAAUCUGGGAGGUGUAAUGCACCUGUCCCCACUCCAGCACCACUUGCUCCAACCCCUACCACUCAUGAAAUGACUCGUGUUUACCGGGAGACUUGCCCCCCUGGCCUUUUACCUGCCACACCAGUAGCCAAAAUAAUGGCAGAAGGCCAGCGGGGAACAGUACUUUCUCCUGCUCGCUAUUCCACUGAGGCAAAUAAUCCUCAAUAUGGAGCUGAGGCACCCUCCUCUCUUCCUGGAUGUUCAAUGUAUAAUGAUCUUAACGGGAGAUUGGUAGAUCGAAAUCAGCCUGUACCCACCUGUCUGGUGAUAGAUCCCUCUUCUCAAGGUAUAGUUAUGCAUCAUGACAGCUCUUCACCAUAUGUUACAGGACAGCAGCAACAAGCCCAACUACAAAAACAGGAACAAGCUCAGCAACUAUUUCAGCAGCAAAUUCAGUCAGUACAGCAAGGGCAGCCAGUUCAACAGCCACAGCAAACACAGUCAGUUCAACAACCACAGCAAAGGCAACCAAUCCAGCAAGUGCAGCAAAUGCCAUUGGUGCAACAAACGCAGCCAGCACAGUCUGUUCAGCAGGGGGAACCUUUGGCACCAACAAAUCCUGUCUACGACCCUAACCUUCCCUUGCCAGCUCCUGCUUCAGUGACUAAUUCAGUCACAACUGCUAUCCCUGUUCAGGGCCCUCUUCAGAUUCCCACUCAACCUGCUCCUGCUUCUACAACACCUCAAAACGCACUGCCGUCUGUGGACCCAAAGAAGACAGCUGACCCAGAGUUUCUGGCAUUUCUACGCAAAGAAGGUUUGUCUGAGAGCACCAUAACCUCUUUGCUACAGCAGGGCUUUGAUUCACUUUCAAUGUUGGCUGUUAUGGAACAGAAUGAUAUUCAUUCUGUUGCACCCAACUUAGGCCAGGCACGUGCGCUCUCUCAUGUGGCAGUCAGUUGCAAACGCCCCCCGGAUAUUCCCCAACAGCAGACUGCUCCAGGCCGAGGACGAUCCAACAGUUUUAGUCAUCGCAGUGACGUGUACAUACACCAACAACCAACACCAACUCCAAAUAUGGAUGCUCAGUAUAUGCAGCCACCCUUGACUCCAGCUCAGACCAUCUUCCCCAGGAUGGCUGACAUCAUGGGCCGCAGACCUAGUAGUGCUCCUUCCCAGCAGCUUCUAGAGGUUAGCGCAUACCCUAUAACAAGGACGCCAGGGUCUUUCAGUAGUGCAAUGCAGCCUGUUCAACCACGUUCUCUGUCUGCUUACACUUCUCAAGUUGGCCUACCUAUAUCAUCUUUGACAGCAGUGUCUCAGCAAGUUCCACUUCCAUCACACAUAUCAGGAGUGCAACCACAAAUCCUUGCUUUGCAACAGCAAAUGGCAGCCCCUAAUCCUGGCAUGCCACAACAAACACCAGCACCAACCAUGCCCACUCUGUCACCACAACAAGCCCCCAAAGCAUACUCUACCAACUACACUGUGCCUAUGGAACUGAUGAAGAGGGAUCGUACCAUGACCACAAUUUCUAGCCUGUCUAAUCCACAGUCAAGCCCCCAUAUAAUGCGGAGGAGUGGGGCAACGCCUCAUGAGAGUGGCCUGGUGCCUGUCGGGACUACUAUACAGACUCCUUGGCUUGCAAAUCAGAAGCUCUCUCGUCGCACUGGACCCCCUGUUAUUGUCUCCACCAUGGCAUCGCCUGAUACAAGUAUAAGGCCGCAAAUAAUGAAUGGACCGAUGCAUCCUCGGCCGCUGGUCGCUCUGCUGGACGGACGGGAUUGUACAGUGGAGAUGCCCAUCCUCAAAGAUCUGGCAACGGUGGCUUUCUGCGAUGCGCAGUCGACACAGGAGAUCCAUGAGAAGGUACUGAAUGAAGCAGUAGGAGCAAUGAUGUACCACACCAUCACACUCACCAGAGAGGACCUGGAGAAGUUCAAAGCCUUACGCAUCAUCAUCCGCAUCGGCAGCGGCUACGAUAACAUCGACAUAAAAGCUGCAGGGGAAAUGGGCAUUGCAGUGUGUAAUAUCCCAUCUGCAGCCGUAGAAGAGACGGCAGACUCUAGUCUCUGUCACAUUCUGAACCUGUACCGGAGGAACACCUGGCUGUACCAGGCUCUCCGCGAAGGCUCGCGGUUUCAGAGCAUAGAGCAGAUAAGGGAGCUGGCAUCAGGAGCAGCUCGUAUACGAGGAGAGACGCUCGGACUCAUCGGUUUUGGCCGAACAGGUCAGGCAGUAGCGGUUCGUGCAAAAGUAUUUGGCUUCAAUGUCAUAUUCUAUGACCCGUAUCUACAGGAUGGUUUAGAGCGCUCUCUAGGAGUUCAGAGGGUGUAUACCCUCCAGGAUCUUCUGUACCAAAGCGACUGUGUGUCUCUGCAUUGCAAUCUAAAUGAACACAACCACCACCUGAUCAAUGACUUUACCAUCAAACAGAUGCGUCAGGGAGCGUUCCUGGUGAACUGUGCACGUGGGGGUCUAGUGGAUGAGAAAGCUCUGGCUCAGGCCCUGAAGGAAGGAAGAAUCCGGGGAGCUGCUCUCGAUGUACACGAGUCAGAACCGUUCAGUUUUACCCAAGGUCCUUUAAAAGAUGCUCCCAAUCUGAUCUGCACACCUCACACAGCCUGGUACAGUGAGCAGGCCUCACUGGAGAUGCGAGAAGCAGCUGCCACUGAGAUAAGAAGAGCGAUCACAGGUCGUAUUCCAGACACCCUUAGAAACUGUGUCAACAAAGAGUACUUUAUCGCCACUGCACCGUGGGGAGCGGUGGAGCAGCAGGUGCAUCCAGAGCUCAACGGUGGUGCAUAUAGCAGAGUGGCCCAGCCGUUACCAGCCAUAUCUCCUGGUGGCCUGCAGGACAAAAUGUAUACAUAAACCCAACCAGACAUGCCCAGGGAACGGUGCGGAUGAUUUCUGGAGGACCAGAGGAGGGCACAAAGCCAGGUGGGGUUCCCAGUGCCAAUGCCCUCUCUCUGCCACCAGGAACCCCAGCCCAACCGUACCUCCUGCCUGAACCAUCCCACACACAAUGUGAGCACAGAGAACACGUAUCCCAGGAGUAACCAAACGCAGCAAGGCGUUUAGACUGCUACUGAACAACUCACAGCACAGUUCACAUAGCAAGCUAACUUAAAACCAAGGACAUGAAGAGGUAAACUAACUAGGAGCUACAGCUGACUGCAGUGGGAACAGCUCAAGUAUGCAGUGUGGAGGCAUCAUUUUACUCCUGAUUGUCAUGGGGUUCUAGUUUUUUUCUUGGAUGUAGUUAUUUUUGUUUUAGACGAGUUCCUUCAACAUGUGUCUUUUUGGGACUGGGUGCAUGAACAGGUGGGCAGGAAUCCUAGCUCACUGAUUGAGUUCUCAAUGGACGUUUGGCUCACAUGUCAGUUUUCCCUUCUGCCACCAGCCUUUUGAACAAAACACAUGUAGAUGCAUUUAGUUUGUAAACCUGUGUUUUUUUCUUUCUCUUGUUGCCUCUUCCUUUAAACCAAACAAAUGAUUACUUGCCCUAUUAAUUCUUUGUUAGAGUUAUUAAUUAUAUUGAUAUAUAGUCUUUUUAUUAAAAAGCAAAGACAAAAAUUUCAACUUUUGACUAUUAUUGAAAAAUAAGUCCCUCUUCUUUUUAGGCCUUGUACUCAGCUAAAUCAUCUUAGACACAACCACAGGAGUCUAACAUCCACCAGCCAUAAUGUUCAGCCAUUUUUGUAUCUAUUACACAUUGUGUAAUGAGUUUUUCGGGCAACAUGUUUUUUUUUUUUUUUUUUUUUUUUUUUUUUUAUUACUAAGGGAAUUUUAUUUGUUGUUGGGUAUAUGAUACUAAGAUGGAUGGCAGCUCAUAGUGAAAAGGUCAGGAGCCACGUGCCACCCUGCUCAGGAAACACUUUUCUUCUUUCAUGUCUGAGUACCAUUAAACAAGCAUCACAUGUCUGGUUAUUCUACCACCUACUUUUCCCUCACACUGCUCUCUUGCUGAUAUUUUUAUAGAUGUAAAAUAGAAAUAUUUUGAUGUUGCCGUUAGAUUUGUAUUGCCAUAGUAUGCAAAACUUUUUUGCCUUUUGUGAGUGUUAUGACACCACCUGAAGUUCAUUUUCUUGUUACUGAAUUGUGUGUUCCUCAGCCCACUUUGCCAGUACAUGUAUAUUAGGAUAGUGGGCAAUGUUUUUAUUGUGUUUGUUUCUUGUACCAAGCAUCCAUGACAGUACAAAUAAAAAUUAAGUUGCAAAAUUCAGUAAAGAGAUUAA